GGGUAUAAAAGGCAGAAAAGUUUUCAAUUCGCAUUCGAUUUCUAUAUUAUUGCUGUAAAUAUGAAGAUUUAUUGGGCACUUGUGUUGACUCUUUUGGGAGUUUUGAGUUUCGUAAAUGGACAACAGCGAACAACAACCAAACCACGACCAAGACCAUCAACAACCCCAUUCCCGAAUCGCGGCGGAACUUGGUGUAAGCUCAACAGUGGCCCCUUCUGGGGUGGCAAGGUGUGUUAGUGCAAAUCAUCUUUGACAUGUUAAUAACAAAUAAUAUCGCCACGUAAAUAAAAAUAAAAUCUUGUUGUACAUGUUGAAAUGAAAUUCCUUUAGUCAAAUAA